AUGUUUCUACAACUAAUAACAGCCAAGCCACCAACGGGUUUGACUCAUCAUGUUCAGCGGGCUAUCGAGAACGGGACUUUCCAAGAGAUGCUUGACCCUGCUGUUCCUGACUGGCCAGUUGAGGAAGCCUUAAAGUUUGCCAAGAUAGCUUUACAAUGUGCCGAAAUGAGGCGUAAAAACAGACCGGAUCUUGGAAAUGUUGUGCUACCUGAGCUGAAUAGAUUGAGAAAACUAGCCGAAGAUAACAAGAAGUAUGGCAUCCUCGGUGGUGGUGAAGAAUUUUCACCUAGUCAUGGCCCCAUUUCCACAAUACAAGAUGUUAUGAGUGACGUUGAGCUACCAGAGUCUGGAUACUAUAGCUCAAGCUCAAGGAGGAGUUCAAGGGCAUCAUCUUAUUAUGGAAUAAACUAA